AUGAUCACCUCCUGUUUCAGUGUCAUAUCUAUCGCCGGCUUUUUCCUCCGCCGCUCCAUCACGGCGGCGGGCCUCUCCUCCCAGACGGCAGACAUCGACGGCGACACCACCAUCCACUAUUGGGGCCCACCCGCCCCCACCGCCAAGCCGAAGCUCGUCCUCAUCCACGGCUUCGGGACGAGCUUCGGCCCGGCGAGCAUCUGGCAGUGGCGACAACAAGCCGCUUUCUUCGCUAAAUAAACGACGUCUGACCUCGUAUUCUUCAGCGAAUCCUACACCCAGUCCCCCAUUCGCUCCGAGGUUUUCCAGGCCACCUGUUUGGCCAGUUUGAUGGAAAAUCUCGGAGUCAUGAGGUACUCGGUUGUGGGGGUCAGCUACGGCGGAUUCGUGGCGUACUGGAUGGCGGAGAUGUGGCCGGAGAGGGUGGAGAAGGUCGUGAUCGCUUGCUCGGCUGUGAACAUGCGGCCGAGCGACAAUGACCGGCUACUUAAGCAAUCGGGUGUGGACGAAAUCGAGGAUCUGUUCCUCCCCGUCACGGCCAGUCAGCUAAGGUCGUCCCUCCGAUUCGUGGUCUCCCGGCCUUCGCCUUACAUGCCCGACUUCGUGCUCAAUGAUUAUAUUGAUAAAUUUUAUUCUAAAAAUAGGAAAGAGAAGCUGGAGCUUUUGAAAGAGUUUAAUAAUGGAAAAAAUGAGACUGUAACCUUAUCUCCCCUUUCACAGGAUGUAUUGAUUGUGUGGGGAGAAAAUGACCAGAUUUUUUUGCUGGAGAGAGGAGAGGAACUCAAGAGGUUGCUUGGACAGAAGGCCAAAUUACAAGUCAUAAAAAAAGGAUCACAUAUUCUUCAACUAGAACAACCAAGCCAAUUCAACAAUAUUGUCAAUAAUUUCUUACUUGGGUUGUAAUAGAUUUGACAUCAAGGUAGUUGUUUAUGCGUAAAGUAUGAUUAAAUUUCUCUAGU